ACGCCUACAAAGAGGUUACUGAAAAUAAUGCAUCGAUAAGGUCUGCAGCAACUAAAUAUGAACUACAUUACGUGUCUUUCAGUAGAUUUUUUAUUAAGAAGAAAAAGCAAGCAAUUGAGCAAGAAUCCGCUGUUCCUGUCACUAUGGGUUAUCGUUGUGUGAGGCGAGUAUUUGACGCAAACCAGGAAAAAAUCAUUGUCAGCUAUACAAUCAAAGCAGCCCAUAUAUUCUACGGAUUACCACCCAAAGAAAUUCGGAAAUUAGCUUUUCAGUUGGCCGUGAAAUAUUCGCUAAACAUGCCUGAUACAUGGAGACAAAAUGCCAUGGCAGGAGAGGAUUGGUUUUCUGGAUUUAUGAAGGGGAACGCAUAACUUUCAACCGCUGCGCUCAAGCCACAAGUCUUUCCAGGGCAACAGUUGAAUUAACAUUUAUUGAUCCAGAAACUUCAAAAAUCAAUUCCAUUUCAAAUAAUGACUUAACAUCCUUAGCAUUUGAGUCCAUAAACAUUGGAGAAGAUGACACAAUUAACGUAGACAAUAAUAAUAUACAAGAAAAUAUAAUUCGGAACCCACAACAACUAAAUGAUAAACCAGCUCAAGAACCAGAACUUCAACAUGAUCAAGCGGUAGAAUCUUUGGUGUUGAAGGUUGCAAAGGAUACACAAAGAAAGGUGAAAAAAGGAAACGGCGAAAGAUUGAAGAUAGUUUGGUAAAAAGGAUAGAAAACAAGAAAAAAGGAAUGCAAAGGAAACAUUUUUAAGACCACCUUCCCACUGAGCAUAAAAACGUAUCCAUAACGUUAUUAUAACUUCUUAAAGAGCAUUGUAAUUUGUAACGUUAUAUCUCAAGGACUAAGGAUGUAGCAUAUACAUAACAACAAUGUUCUUUCUAUGUCCGUCUUAAAUACGUUGUAAAAAAUAGGUUAAACUUUGAAAUUAUUGUGAGACUGUGGGGAUGUUUACCAAACGUUGGUGUAACUUUAUACAGCGUUUCUUAACGUUGUACCGCCAAAACUAGGACGUUAAAUGAAAGUACUACUCACGAACUUAUAACUUCAAAUUCAACGUUACCACAAGGUCAGACUUUGAAUAUCUGGCUAGGGCUACGCUACAAGUUGGAGGGAUGUCGCCAUUAAACGAAUCAAUGACGUUAUUACACCAAUGUUGCCGUCACGUGAAAAUAAAAUUAUAUAUAAAUCAAAUUUAUUUAAAACAAACAAAAAUGAAAAAACAUCAAUUCAACAUAAACUUAAUCUCCAAACUUAAUAUUCCUAACACACAAAAGAUAAAUACUUAUACGACAAUGUUUUGUUUAAAUGUUCUUUCUUGCUUCUUCUCUUUUAUAUCUUUGUUUACACUGCUUUAGCCAUGACAUCGUAUGUUCCUCAAAAUGUUUUUCGGAUAAAGUGGGGUGUAAGCAUCGAACUGCUUU